CCCAAGUGAGAACAACAGAUAAGGAUGCUGUUCUUCAGCUCCCUAUCCACCAUCUUCCUGCUGCUGCUUCUCUACCCCUCUGAGCUGCCUGCACAGGAGGUGAAACUGCGGCUUGCAGGUACAGGCAGCCGCGACGCCAACGAAGGGCGUCUGGAGGUGUUCUACAAUGGCGUUUGGGGCACAGUGUGUGACGACCAGGUGGAUCUGAACCUGGCUAAUGUGGUGUGCAGACAGCUAGGCUUUCAACACAGUUUAACCUGGGCGCACAGUACCAAGUUUGGUCAGGGACAAGGUCAGAUCUGGUUGGACAAUGUCAACUGCAGAGGCACCGAGCGCUCUAUCGCAGAAUGCGGCUCCAAUGGCUGGGGAGUCCAUGACUGUACCCAUGCUGAGGACCUGGGGAUCAUUUGUAGCCCCUUAAGGAGCAAUGGCGCUUCAGCAGGGGAGGCCCCUUCCUCCUCCAGACAUGUGCAGGGACAACCAAGACAGAGAACCCCGCAACGACCAGCUCCGCCACCAGUCUCAUCUUACACUCCCUCUUCUCUCAGUCGAGGCCACGAGAUCGCCCUCAACCGCAACACGCCGUCUUCGCGCCGCAACAGGAUCUCGCCGCAGGAGAACGGCCACGAGAUACAGAUCCCACGAAGGUAUAGAGGGCCAAACACAUCCACAUGGGCAGCAGGUAUCGUCGCAGCCGGCAAGCAGUACCAGCCAAAGGCGGGAGGAGGAGACGCCGAGAAGAGGACCACCUGCAUCAGGCGCCAGGCUGAGAGACAGUCGAACAGGCAGACAUAUUCCCCGACCCAGUCUGAGAGGUAUCAGCCAGAUAGCGGGAACCAUAUUGAACCAGACCCUGUUUAUCCAGAUAUGGGACUGGAGAUGGAUACACAGUACAUCCAGAGUUCUGACAGUGUUCAGCUGGCUGAGGCCCGACUACGGGCUGUGCUAUCCGGCAGCCGCGGCGGUCUGGUGACCGAGGGAGUGCUGGAAGUGAAGCAUGCUGGGAAAUGGCGUCAUGUGUGCAGUCACGGCUGGGACCUCAGCAGCAGCCGCGUCGUCUGUGGCAUGUUGGGAUUCCCUUCUGCCGAGGCGUUUGAUCAAAACGCCUACAGGAAACUGUGGGACUCCAAACUAGCAGAUUCAUCAUCCAGACUGGGAACACAGAUCACCAAGAAGGCCUACUGGGUGGAGAAGGUGCAGUGUCAGGGAGUGGAGGUCUCCUUGUCACAGUGCCAGGCUCAGCUGUCCCUCCGCAGGAGAGACGGUCCGUGCGCGGGGGGCAUGCACGCUGUCGUCCGCUGUGUCCCUGGAGCACAGUUUGCACGCAACGGCCGAAGAUAUGCAUCCCCCAUGUCGAGUAAUGUGCGUCUAAAGGCGGGGGCCCGCCUUGGCGAGGGCCGCGUGGAGGUUCUGAAAGAGGGCAAAUGGGGCACUGUGGCAGACCACCUGUGGGAUAUCACCGAUGCAAGCGUUGUCUGCAGAGAGCUGGGCUUCGGAACGGCCAAGGAGGCCCUGACCAGAGCCCAGCUGGGAGAGGGUUCCGGUCCCAUCCACAUGAACAGUGUACAGUGCACAGGCAGGGAGAGCUCCCUAACAGAAUGCACAUCCAAACCGGUGCCGCUCUACACCAUCAAGCAUAGCCAAGAUGUGGCGGUGCGCUGCAAUGUCCCCUACACUGGCACACAGACCACGGUGAGACUGGCAGGAGGCAGAGACAAAUCCGAGGGCCGCGUGGAGGUGUGGAUGGAGGUCGGAGGAGUGAAGCGCUGGGGCUCUGUCUGCAGCGAGAACUGGGGCAUCAACGAGGCCAUGGUGGUGUGCCGACAGCUCGGCUUGGGUUUCGCCUCCAGAGCUCACCAGGAGACUUGGUACUGGGCGGGCUCCAGUGAUGCCCGUGAUGUGGUUCUGAGUGGAAGUCACUGUGGGGGCUCCGAGCUGUCCAUCCAGCAGUGUCGUAAAAACACAAAUGUCUACUGUCCCAGAGGUGGUGACGGCAGAGCCGCUGGAGUCACCUGCGUGGACACGGCUCCUGACCUGAUCGUAGAUGCCCAGCUGCUCCAGGAGUCAUCUUACCUGGAGGACAGACCCCUUCACCUGCUCACCUGUGCCAACGAAGAGAACUGCCUCUCCUCUUCUGCUGCCAGGAUGAACUGGCCUUACGGACAUCGUCGACUGCUGAGAUUUUCCUCCCGUAUCAUGAAUACUGGCCGUGCUGAUUUCCAACCUCGGGCCUCCAGAGAGAACUGGAUUUGGCAUCAGUGUCACAGGCACUACCACAGCAUUGAGGUGUUUACCCACUACGAUCUGCUGACCCUCAAUGGAACCAGGGUGGCUGAGGGUCACAAAGCCAGCUUCUGUCUGGAGGACACCUUCUGCCCCGAUGGCCUGCAGAAGCGGUAUUCCUGCUACAACAUGGGUCAGCAAGGCAUCUCAGUCGGCUGCUGGGAUACUUACCGCCACGACAUUGACUGCCAGUGGAUCGAUAUCACAGACGUGCGACCUGGCGAAUAUGUCUUCCAGGUGGAGGUCAACCCAUCUUUGGAUAUGGCUGAGUCCGAUUUCAAGAACAAUGUGAUCCGCUGCAGGUGUAAAUAUGAUGGAGUGCGCGUUUACAUGUUCGGAUGCCAUGCAGGUGACGCUUACAGCGCUGAUAUCGAGGACUUGUUUGACCACCAGCGUCAGAUCACCAACAAUUUCCUGUGAAUGGAUGAUCACACAGAUACAGGGACAGAAGAACCAUUUAACUCCUCAGCACACCUCAACAUCACAAGACAGAAGAGGUCGAGAGACAGAAUAAAUGACAGGGCGAGUGGGAUUUUGGAGAGAAAGGGAGAAUUUUGGUACCCGGUGACUGUCUAUGAGAGGCAGUUCAAGUCAAAUGAUUGAAGGAGAAAUGUUGAGAAAUAGAAAAAAGGAAAGCACGCAUCAAACAAAACAUUGACUAAUUUGCAUUUUAUAACCAUUUGAAAUGAUUUGGAUUUAUUUUUUCAAUAUAUAGAAUUAAAACAUGACCACAGUACAUAAAGACAUGAAGGCACCACAUUGACACAGGUAACAACUGUCUGCUUGCAUUCACUUUCCAAUUGCAAAUGCUUUUUUUUUUUACUGUUACACCCGUGUGCUUUUUGGUUUUGAAUGAGAAUCAACAUUUUUUUUUUUUUUAAC